AACGACUUCGUCCCAUGUCGAGACCUCCGGAUCGAGGUCCUUUCGGUACAUCUCCUGGCGAAUUUCGGCGCGAAAGCUGUUCCACAGCUUUACGACUUUCUCUUGGUCGUCAACAAGGCCAAUCGUGUUGUACAACUGCGCGAACGUUGCAAUAUGGGAGGCAACUGUGUUUUUGCCUUGGGUGCAGCGGUUCAAACGCUUCCGCUGCUUACUCCGGAAAUCAAUCGGGAAGCAAAACUCGAACAUGGCCACGAAAAAUGCCGUCAAUUGCCUUCCCUUCCAAGAAGUAAGACAAGAUAAACACCCGGUUUUCACGAGGUGGGAUCGGCUUCAAGAGCAUCCGGUGCCGCGAGUGGGGACCAGUGCUAGUGCCAGCCGGCACACGGGAAUGGGGAACCAAGCAGAACUCGAGGAGCUGGAGUCGGAUGGGUCGGACGAUGGAGGGUCAUGGCGGCGCCGACUGCCGGCGGCUAUUCGGGGUGUCGCCUCUCUCGCCCGAGAGCGCGACUUUGCCGCGGCAGCACCACGGAUCAUGUGGUCAAGGUUCUUCUCAACCGUGAGCUUUGCUUUGCUCGGCGGUUGUCGUGAUCGCGCCUGGCCAGGCAAUUUUGGAUCUUGGGGGCGGCGGUCUUUCAACCGCCGUUCUGAAGCAACCUCUGCACGUCGCAGGGUCGGGGGUCUUAUCACGAGCUGGGGACACUCGCUCGAGCUUAAUUGCAUGCUGAACUUCGUAGUUCGAGAGUGCAGCCUUCUGGGCUUCAAGCUCAUCGUCGUCAAAGUCCAGCAAGGACUCGACAGCGCCCCAGUUCUUAGGGUCGGCGCCUUUCCCCUUGUUGCGGGAAGGGCCUUCGCCAGUCGGAAUGGCGGGACUCACGCGGAAAUGGAUCAAGUCAUCAGCAUUUCGAUCUGA